GGAGGAGGCGGCGCGAUGUUGGACGGCUCGGCGGCGGCGGAGGGCCACUCGCAGCAGCUGCUGCUGCAGCUCAACGUGCAGCGGACCAAGGGCUUCCUGUGCGACGUGAUCCUGGUGGUGCAGAACGCGCUCUUCCGGGCGCACAAGAACGUGCUGGCGGCCAGCAGCGCCUACCUGAAGGCCCUGGUGGUGCACGACAACCUCAUCAACCUCGACCAGGAGAUGGUGAGCCCCGCCGUCUUCCGCGCCGUCCUCGACUUCAUCUACACCGGCCGCCUGGGCGAAGCCGACGGAGAGCCGCCCGGCGCGGCGGAGCCCAGCCUGGGCGCCGUCUUGGCCGCCGCCAGCUACUUGCAGAUACCGGACUUGGUGGCCCUUUGCAAGAAGAAGCUGAAGCGCUCGGGCAAGUACUGCCAGUUCCGCGGCGGCUACUCGCCCCUGGGCAAACUGCCCCGCGGCCUCCGCGCCGUCACGCCGGUCAUCCAAAGCUGCUACGCGGCGCCCCCGCCGCCCCCGCCGCCGCCUCCCAGGCCCGUCGAGGCCGGCAAUCCGCUCAGCACCCACUGCGGCGAGCUUUACGCGGCAGCCUCUCAGGGCGCGGCCCUGCACCCCCACGGCUUGUGUCCCCCCGAGCGCCUCUGCUCGCCCCUCUGCGGCCUCGAUCUCUCCAAGAAGAGCCCCAACGGGCCUGCCCUGCCGCCCGCCCCUUCGGAGAGCCGCCUGAGGGCCUCCGCUGAAACUCGCGAGAGCUCCCUGCCCCCAGGGCCCGACAGCCCGGCCGUCAGCGGCGCCCUGCUGCCCAGCCAUCCCGCUUUCGGAGAGCCUGACUCCUACCGCGGCAGCCCAGGGCCUGGGCCGGAGCCGUCGGGUCGCGCCGAGGUGGCCCCGGAGUUCCUGUACCGCUGGAUGAAGCACGAGCCUUUGGUGGGAGGUUACGUGGACGACGAGGAGGACGAGGAGGAAGAAGGGGACUGCCGCGGGGGCAGGCGGGACAAGGUCAGCGGGCCCGACGGGGAGCUGGACCAAAAGGCGGCCCAGUCGCCCUCGCAGCGGCGCUACGCCAGCCUGGACAGCGGCGAGCCCGACGGGGAGGCGGAGGACUUGGAGAACGACAAGAGCACCAGCGAAGAGACGGGCUGCAGCAGCGGGGGCCCCUCUCCGGCAGCCGGCAGCUUGGAGCGCUACUUGGGCUACGAGCCGGAGAGCUUCGGGGGCGACAACCUGUACGUCUGCAUCCCUUGCGGGAAGGGCUUCCCGUCGUCGGAGCAGCUCAACGCGCACGUCGAGGCGCACAACGAGGAGGACGAGCUGUACCGCAAGGAGGCGGCUGAAGUGGCGGCGGCUGCGGCAGCCGGGCAGGGCUCCCCUUUCCUGGACAAGCCCCUGAGCGCCCCGCUGGCGUCGGUGGGGGGUCCCGGCGGCUGCGACCUGCUGCGCCCUUACCGCUGCUCGUCGUGCGACAAGGCCUACAAGGACCCGGCCACGCUGCGCCAGCACGAGAAGACCCACUGGCUGACGCGCCCUUACCCCUGCUCCAUCUGCGGCAAGAAGUUCACCCAGCGGGGCACCAUGACCCGCCACAUGCGCAGCCACCUCGGCCUCAAGCCCUUCGCCUGCGACGCCUGCGGCAUGCGCUUCACCCGCCAGUACCGCCUCACCGAGCACAUGCGCAUCCACUCCGGCGAGAAGCCCUACGAGUGCCAGGUGUGCGGCGGCAAGUUCGCCCAGCAGCGCAACCUGCUUAGCCACAUGAAGAUGCACGCCGCCGCCGCCGCGGCCGCCGCUGCCUCCACGGGCCCCGACGGCAAGCUUAAACUGGACUUCCCCGACGGCGUCCUGGCCAUGGCGCGCCUGGCCCAGCAGCAGCACCCGGACAAGGACCUUCUCUCGCACACCUCCCACUUCCUGGCCGCCGCCGCCGACCCCAAGGUGGCCAUGGAGAGCCUCUACCUCGGACUCAGCCCCGACAAGGCCGCCGAGAUGCUGGCCCAGGGCGCUGCCGCCGCUGCCGCCCACCUGCACAACGACCACCACGCCCGCACCAUAGAGCGCUUCUCUCCCCCCUGA